CUCCCUCCUCCCCUCAUGUGUUGUGACUGCACCUUCUGCAUGUGACCAGCGGGCACUGGAGGCAGCCGCAGCCACAGCCUUGGUGACGAGCAGCCGUAGCCCUGCCAGCUCCCGCCUGGCUCUCAUUGAGAAACAAACGGAGAGAGGAGCAGGAAGGGGGGGCACUCCCUUGCACAGCUGCCUCCCCCGCAGAUCCAAGGAGCCUGCUGAAAUGGGCACUGGACUCUUCUGAUGAGAUGAUUCCCUCGGGAGUUUGAAGACAGAAGGGGAAAGGGAGAAACCUGCAGAGAGCAUCAAAGGAUGUGGGGCGCUCUAUAAGGCACAGAGGAGUCCGUUGAAAGAAAUCCAUCAUGCACCGAACUGCUUUCUGGAGAAGGUGCCAUGAUUUUCCUAGCCUUUGCUCAGAUGAAAGGAGGCAGCAAGGACAGUCCUGAAGUAUUCCUUGGGGGCCUUUUUGUCAUUGUUCCUCUUUCCUCUUGCACAGGGCUAUUUGCUGACCUUUCCAGAGGAAUCUCAGUCCAGCUGAGAAGACAGUUCUCAAUAAUAAGAACAAUAAAAUACAAAAACCAAUUCCUGCUGUUUGAAUAGAAGGUGUAGCUUGCUUGCUGCGUGCAGUUCUUUUCUUGUGACAUUUUGGAAUGUCUGCAGAAACUUAAACAAACAAACAAACAAACAAAAACCUUAAAAACUCCCUGGAUUAGGCAAGCAAAAAGGAAGUUUUUUGUUUUUGUCUUUUUGCCAAAAAGGAGUACAUGGGAGGUGGUAACUUAUCCCUAAGCCAGGACCUGGAUGAGCAAAACCUUCAAGUUCUAAGAAUCAGCACUUCAAACCUAACAAAUAAACAAACAUGAGAAGGAGUGGCUGUGGGCUUUCACUCAGAGGCAGGUUUUAAAAGAAGCCAAAACCAGGCUCAGAACUUCAGGCCUGUAUGAUGCCUGAAGACCGGAAUUCUGGGGGACGCCCCUCAGGCACCUUAGCGUCAACUCCUUUCAUCCCUAAAACUACAUACAGAAGAAUCAAACGGUGCUUUAGUUUUCGGAAAGGCAUUUUUGGACAGAAACUGGAAGACACUGUCCGUUAUGAGAAGAGAUACGGGAACCGUCUGGCUCCGAUGUUGGUGGAGCAGUGCGUGGACUUCAUCCGGCAGAGGGGGCUGAAAGAGGAGGGUCUCUUUCGACUGCCUGGCCAGGCUAAUCUCGUUAAGGAGCUCCAGGAUGCCUUUGACUGUGGAGAGAAGCCAUCAUUUGACAGCAACACAGACGUACACACAGUGGCAUCACUUCUGAAACUGUAUCUCCGAGAACUUCCAGAGCCAGUUAUUCCAUACGCAAAGUAUGAGGAUUUUCUGUCCUGUGCCAAACUGCUCAGCAAGGACGAGGAAGCAGGUGUUAAGGAAUUAGCAAAGCAGGUGAAGAGUUUGCCAGUUGUCAAUUACAACCUCCUCAAGUAUAUUUGCAGAUUCUUGGAUGAAGUACAGUCCUAUUCAGGAGUUAACAAAAUGAGUGUGCAGAACCUGGCAACUGUCUUUGGUCCUAAUAUCCUACGCCCCAAAGUGGAAGAUCCCUUGACUAUCAUGGAGGGCACCGUGGUGGUUCAGCAGUUGAUGUCAAUGAUGAUUAGCAAACAUGAUCGCCUGUUCCCCAAAGACGUAGAACCACAAGGCAAGCCCCAAGACGGAGUAAGCAACAACAACAAUGAAAUUCAGAAGAAAGCCACCAUGGGCCAGUUACAGAAUAAGGAAAACAAUAAUACCAAAGACAGCCCUGGUAGGCAGUGUUCUUGGGACAAGUCCGAGUCACCUCAAAGAAGCAGUUUGGACAAUGGAUCCCCCACAGCUCUACCAGGCAGCAAAACCAAUAGCCCAAGGAACAGUGUUCACAAGUUAGAUGUCUCAAGGAGCCCCCCACUCAUGGUCAAAAAGAACCCAGCCUUUAAUAAGGGUAGUGGGAUAGUCACCAAUGGGUCCUUUAGCAGCAGUAAUGCAGAAGGUCUUGAGAAAACCCAAACCACCCCCAAUGGGAGCUUACAGGCCAGAAGGACCUCUUCAUUGAAGGGAUCUGGUACAAAAAUGGGCACCCACAGUGUACAGAAUGGAACAGUGCGCAUGGGCAUUUUGAACAGCGACACCCUUGGGAACCCUGUGAAUGGCCGUAGCAUGAGCUGGCUGCCAAAUGGCUAUGUGACCCUGAGGGAUAACAAACAGAAAGAGCAAGCUGGAGAGUCAGGCCAGCACAAUAGACUCUCCACCUAUGAUAACGUCCACCAGCAGUUCUCCUUGAUGAAUCUUGAUGAUAAGCAAAGCGUUGACAGUGCCACCUGGUCCACGUCCUCUUGUGAAAUCUCCCUCCCUGAGAACUCCAAUUCCUGCCGUUCCUCUACCACCACCUGUCCAGAACCAGACUUUUAUGGUGGGAACUUUGAGGAUCCUGUUUUGGAUGGACCCCCACAGGACGAACUUUCCCACCCUGUCGACUAUGAAAGCAAAAGUGAUCGUAGGAGUGUGGGAGGUCGAAGUAGUCGUGCCACCAGCAGCAGUGACAACAGCGAAACAUUUGUUGGUAACAGCACCAGCAACCAUAGUGCCCUGCACAGUUUAGUUUCCAGCCUGAAACAGGAAAUGACCAAACAGAAGAUAGAGUAUGAGUCCAGGAUAAAGAGCUUAGAACAGCGAAACUUGACUUUGGAAACAGAAAUGAUGAACCUCCAUGAUGAACUGGAUCAAGAGAGGAAGAAGUUCACGAUGAUAGAAAUCAAAAUGAGAAAUGCUGAGCGAGCAAAAGAAGAUGCUGAGAAGAGAAAUGAUAUGCUCCAGAAAGAAAUGGAGCAGUUCUUUUCCACGUUUGGGGAGCUGACAGUGGAGCCCAGGAGAACCGAGAGAGGAAACACAAUAUGGAUCCAGUGAGCCCACUUCCUCCUGUUGUCCCUGAUGGCUCUGGGAAGGACACUGGGGAUUCUGGUGGGAUGUUACAUGGGAUCAGGUGGCUGGUCACCUGGCUGUAUAGAGGUCUAAAUGGUAAAGGAAUAUCAUUUACAGACAUUAACCAUCCAUAUCUACAAUGUGUACCAAAGUUAUAUCAUGCCCCAUCAUGCUACUGUCAAGUGUUACAACUGGAUAUGUGUAUAUAGAGUAGUUUUUAAAAAGGUGAACUAAAAAUGAGAAGCAUAUUUCAAGAAUUAUUUUAUUGCAAGUCCUGUAUUUAAAAUGUUAAAUCAAUAUGUUGUUGCAAUCUAGCUUGCCUUCAAGCUUCACCCCUUGCACUUAACAUAAACUAUUUUUGGCAUUGUGUUAUCAUCAGCUUAUUUUAUAGAUCAAUAUUUUUAUUUCCCUUUUUGCUGAGGAAAUGAAGAUAAGCAGAAAUAUAAAUAUAUAUAAAUAUAUAUAAGAUGAGUUAUUAAAAUCAAAAGAAUA